AUGGAUCUGUCUGCGGUUGAAGUUCUUCACUACAAAGAUGCUGAACAUUCCUCCGCCCUGCUUCUGCAGCUGAACAAACUGAGGGAGGAGAACAUCCUGACAGACGUCGUCCUGCGCGCUGGUAUGACUGAAAUCCCCUGCCACCGUAACGUUCUGGUGUCCAGCAGCCCCUACUUCAGAGCCAUGUUCUGCAACAACUUCAUGGAAACACAGCAAAGCAAGGUUGAGAUGAAAGGAGUUAAACCUGUCAUUCUAAGCAGCAUUGUUGACUACGUUUACACUGGACUCAUUAGCAUUGACCUGGAGAAUGUGCUCCAUCUGAUGCAGGCGGCAUCCAUGUUGCAAUAUGGCCGCCUAUUUGAGGCAUGCUCAGAUUUCCUUCAGGCACAACUGAGACCAGACAACUGCUUAAGUAUGAUCAGACUCUCAGAGAUGAUGAACUGUGAAAGUUUAAGGAAAAAAGCAAAGGAAAUGGCCAUGAAACGUUUCAGUGACGUGUCCUUGUCUGAGGAUCUGUGUGAGCUUUCUUUAGAGGAACUAAUGUGGUACCUGAAUGAUGACAGCAUUUGCGCUGACGAGGAGCAAGUAUUUGAGACACUUGUUGCAUGGAUCCACCAUGAUCCUGUCUCAAGGCGUGGGACCAUCAGCAGCCUUUUUAAAAAGGUUCGUCUUCGACAUUUACACCCUACUUACCUCUUCCAGUUCAUUGCAAAUGACCCCCUGAUUCAGUCUUCUACUCUCUGCACUGAGAUCAUUGAAUCUGUAAGGCGGCUCAUGUUUUCAAUUGGGACAAAAAGCAUCAGAGACUUUGUGGUUGACUUUAAACCUCUCUGGGCUGCACCACAGCGCUGCAGUUAUGAUGAUACCUUAGUGGUGGUGGGAGGAAGGAGAAACAAUGAACAAACUUCAAGGGAGGCCUUGGUCUUUGAUGAAAAGAACCAAAAAUGGCAGCAUCUUGCCAAGCUCCCUGUUCGUCUUCACAAAGCUUCCUAUGUAGCCCUUCACAGUAUACUUUAUGUUGUUGGAGGCUUGACCACAAACUGUAGCCAAGUCAGCCGGGCGGUCUACACCCUCUCUCUUAAGACCAACCAGUGGAGGACAGCAGAGCCCAUGCUGGAGCCUCGCUUUGCCCACCAGAGUGUUUCCUACCUGCACUACAUCUUUGUCCUGGGAGGCCUUGGAUCUGACAGACAGCUGGCAGCUAGUGUGGAAAGGUUCAACAGUAUGUUCAACCAAUGGGAAGCAGUGUCACCAAUGCCAGAGGCUGUGUUGCACCCUGCAGUUGCUGCGACCAACCACAGAAUCUACAUGUUUGGAGGGCAGGAUGCCACACAUAGCCCAGUCAGACUUAUACAGGUGUAUCAUAUUGGCAGGAACAUGUGGUCUAAGAUGGAAAACAGAACAGUGAAGAAUGUGUCUGCCCCUGCUGUUGUCCUGCAUAACAAAAUCUACAUCAUUGGAGGAUACACCAGGAGAGUAAUCGCCUAUGACACUGAAGCCAACGACUUCAUUAAGUGUGCCAACCUGAAGGAGCGAAGGAUGCACCACGCUGCCACCUGCCUCAACAACAAGCUCUACAUCACAGGUGGUCGUUACGUCAGUGGCCAUGAUGUCAUCGAGGACUUGGACACUUUGGAGUGCUUUGACCCAAAGACAGAUGCUUGGACAUGUAAAGGGACCUUGCCAUAUAAACUUUUCGAUCACGGCUCCCUGACUCUGACCUGUGCUGCACAGAUUCGGAAGAAAUCAUAAUGAAAAUCAAAGAACAUGUGAAAAAUGCUUACACUUUUUGAACUUUUUAUUUAAAGAUUGUUUAUAGAAUCUGAUAGCUUAAUUUACACUUAAAAAAAGGAGUUCUGAAAUCCAAAGUAGAUAUUUUUGCAAGAUGUUUCUAUUCAGAACCUACACUUUUAAAAGAAAGCUGCUGUGCUGCACAGCCUGUUCUUAACCUGUCUAACUUCUCAAAGGGCGAAGCACUAUUUUCAGCCAACUCUGAAUCAUGAGAUUUACUUGUCAGGUUUGAAUCCCAAAGGCUCUUUAGUUUCAGCUGUGAGGUCUCAGACUGCACAUCUAUUUGGCAAACAUUAUCCAAGGUUUCAAGGAAGCUGAAAAUCAGAUGGUAAGGAUGUGAUUUUAACUAUUUAUUUUAUAAAAUAUUCCGACCAAAACAGGAAUCAGAAAUAUAUAACUCAGCCUUUAGUCAACAGAAGAUUUUUUAUUCUAGACCUUUUAAUGUAGGAUUUUUUUUCUCUCCAUAUGCAUCACUUGUCACAUUUUAUGGACACUUACUGUAUUUCUUACUUUUAAUUAUAGAUGUUAUUCCAGAUAUGUGACUUUAUACUUUGUCUAAUUGCAGCAUCUCAUACUUGUGUUUACUUAGCAGCCUUGUUUACACACCACGCCUGUAUGUGUACACAUUUCUCUCCACACACUCAUAGCAGAAGCUGAAAAGCUGACAU